UUGCUUUUCUGUCCGGACAUGUGAGCGGGUUGCACAGACAGUCGGAGUCGGUCUCGGCACGCCAUUGUGGGGAAAACUGUUACUUUCACACUUUGACUGACUCCACAGUCUGAGCUAAGCUUUCCCAGCUGAGUUAUUAACCCGAAUUUAGUAACAGCAGGAGGAAUAACUGUCCCACGAUGGCCACGGACUCAUGGGCUCAGGCAGUGGACGAACAAGAAGCUGCGGCGGAAUCGAUCGGAAACCUUCAAAUAAAAGAGAAACCAGAAGAAAACGGCACCACUGCAAAUGCAAUAGACUCGAGUUCUGCCGUUGCAAAGUCACAAGGUGCAGGAGAAAAGAAGGAAACCGAUGAGGAUGACAAAGAUGACAAAGCGGCACAGUCAUUACUAAACAAACUCAUCCGGAGUAAUCUUGUCAAUAAUCCAAACCAAGUGGAAGUUCUUCAAAAGGACCCCAACUCGCCACUUUACUCGGUCAAGUCCUUUGAGGAGUUGCGACUUAAACCUCAGCUACUUCAAGGAGUUUAUGGCAUGGGUUUCAACCGGCCAUCAAAAAUCCAGGAGACUGCCUUACCUAUGAUGCUGGCUGAACCUCCACAGAAUUUAAUAGCCCAGUCACAGUCAGGAACAGGAAAAACAGCUGCCUUUGUCCUGGCCAUGCUCAGUCAUGUCGACCCCAACUACAACUAUCCUCAGUGCUUGUGUGUGUCGCCCACCUAUGAACUGGCCCUUCAGACUGGUAAAGUGAUCGAGCAGAUGGGCAAACACUAUCCCGAGGUCAAACUCGUCUACGCCAUCAGAGGAAAUAAAUUGCAGCGUGGAAUAAAGCUGCAGGAACAGAUAGUUAUUGGCACACCUGGUACAAUGCUGGACUGGUGCACAAAGCUGAAGUUUAUAGACCCCAAGAAGAUCAAGGUGUUUGUCCUGGACGAGGCUGACGUCAUGAUCGCCACACAGGGUCACCAGGAUCAGAGUAUCCGUAUUCAGAGGAUGCUGCCAAAAUCCUGUCAGAUGUUACUUUUUUCAGCCACGUUUGAAGAAACGGUGUGGAACUUUGCCCAGCGCAUUGUGCCCGACCCCAACAUCAUCAAACUGAAGAGAGAGGAGGAGACUCUGGACAAUAUCAAACAGUACUUUGUGAUGUGCUACAGCAAGGAGGAGAAAUUCCAGGCUCUCUGCAACAUCUACGGAGCUAUCACCAUCGCCCAGGCUAUGAUCUUCUGCCAUACAAGGAAGACUGCAGGCUGGCUGGCUGGGGAGCUGUCCAGAGAAGGCCACCAGGUGGCACUGCUCAGUGGAGAGAUGCAGGUUGAACAGAGGGCUGCCGUCAUUGAACGCUUCAGAGAUGGCAAGGAGAAGGUUCUGGUCACGACAAACGUUUGUGCUCGAGGCAUCGAUGUAGAGCAGGUUUCCGUGGUGAUCAACUUUGACUUGCCAGUGGACAAGGACGGUAACCCAGACAAAGAGACCUACUUGCACAGGAUUGGCCGCACGGGUCGAUUUGGCAAACGGGGACUGGCGAUCAACAUGGUGGACGGCCAGAUGAGCAUGAACAUCCUCAAAAGGAUUCAGGAGCAUUUCAAUAAAAACAUUGAACAACUAGACACGGAUGAUCUGGACGAAAUCGAGAAAAUCUCCAGCUAAAGAAUGGGACGUGGCCGCAUGAUGGACGCCGACCUAACUUCCCUUCCCCUCUCCACUCUCCAAGGACUGUGCGCUCCUACAGUGUUUUAUGCUUUUAUUUUUUUAGCUGUUGGAGGAAAGGGCAAAAUCACAAACACAGCAUAAGUUUACAUGUGGAUAUGUCUCCUCUCAGACAUGUGUUUUUGUAUGUCUCUGGAACAUACCCCAUUUCACUCUUUGUACUUCUUUUGAAUAAAGACCAUGAGUUUUA